AGCACCACACCACAAUUUGCAAAGGGGUGACGUUGGAUGAGUAGGUAGUAACGAUUGGGAGGACCCCAUCUUCACCCAACACCAUUGUUCUCUCUCUCACCUACCCAAUAUCGCGUAGCAGCCAUUGCCCACAUAUAUAUAUACAACACCUUCAAUUUCUUACAUACAUAACAACCCAUUUCCACCCACCAAAUUUUGCAAAGGAGAGAGAGGUCAAAAUGGCAUUAUUUGUACCUGCCAAACAAUUUCUGGGAGCUCCAUCGGAUAUCGGAUCCUCUCGUAUUGGAUCUGUUCAGUUACCUUCUAACCUCUCUUCUUCCAACAUUCAUAUCAUAUCUCGUCCUUCACACCCCAAACGCCUAGAGAUACAGGCUGCUGGUAGUACAUAUGGAAAUUACUUCCGUGUUACAACUUUUGGAGAAUCUCAUGGUGGUGGAGUUGGUUGUAUUAUUGAUGGAUGUCCCCCCCGUCUCCCACUUUCUGAAUCUGAUAUGCAGGUGGACCUUGACCGAAGGAGGCCAGGUCAAAGCCGGAUUACCACACCAAGGAAAGAGACUGACACUUGCAAAAUAUCAUCAGGCACUGCAGAUGGGCUGACUACUGGAUCCCCAAUCAAAGUUGAAGUACCUAACACUGAUCAGAGAGGAAAUGACUAUAGUGAAAUGUCGCUUGCUUACAGGCCAUCUCAUGCAGAUGCCACUUAUGACUUCAAGUAUGGAGUUAGAUCUGUACAGGGGGGUGGUAGAUCAUCAGCCAGAGAGACCAUUGGGAGAGUUGCCGCUGGAGCAGUUGCUAAGAAAAUUCUCAAACUUUAUUCUGGAACUCAGGUUCUUGCUUAUGUUUCUCAAGUUCACCAAGUUGUACUUCCUGAGGAUUCAAUUGAUCAUCAGACUUUGACUCUAGAGCAGAUAGAAAGCAAUAUUGCCCGAUGCCCCGAUCCAGAAUAUGCAGAGAAGAUGAUUGCUGCCAUUGAUGCUGUACGAGUGAGAGGGGACUCUGUUGGUGGUGUUGUAACUUGCAUUGUUAGAAAUCUCCCACGGGGUCUUGGUACACCAGUCUUCGAUAAACUUGAAGCUGAGCUAGCUAAAGCUUGCAUGUCAUUACCUGCAACAAAGGGUUUUGAGUUCGGAAGUGGCUUCGCAGGCACAUUCAUGACUGGUAGCGAGCAUAAUGACGAAUUCUAUAUGGACGAGCAGGGCCGAAUCAGGACAAGAUCCAACAGAUCUGGUGGUAUCCAGGGCGGUAUAUCAAAUGGGGAAGUUAUCAAUAUGAGAAUAGCUUUCAAGCCAACUUCAACUAUUUCUAGGAAGCAACAAACUGUGACGAGAGACAAACAUGACACAGAACUCAUCGCUAGAGGUCGCCAUGAUCCUUGUGUGGUUCCCCGAGCUGUUCCAAUGGUUGAAGCAAUGGUAGCCCUGGUGCUUGUCGAUCAGUUAAUGGCUCAGUAUGCACAGUGUAUGAUGUUCCCAAUUAAUCCUGAACUACAGGAACCCUUGAAGUCAUCGACACCUGAGUCAGCUGAGCUUACCCUCUGAACGGAGCAGUGCAGCUUUGUACCUUGAAACAACUUCUUGCUAAACCUAUCCUUAAAAUUUUUUUUGUUUCCUGCUGAAGAGUGUACUACUUGUGGCCUUCUGUUUUAUCAACCCUUACUGUUUAGAGAAUAUAGAUAUCUCCUGUUUGCCUCUUUAUCUCUCACGGAUAGGCAAUGUUCUUAAGUUACAGCAAUGUAUUAAGUUUUGUGCCAUGGAUUAGGCAAUCUAGGUUCUUGUUUCAUUUAAAACCUCAUGUUGUAUCUUUGUACUUCUCCGCCUGCUUAUCUUUUGUUCGGCGUUGAAAGAAUUGUGAUUAAUGAGUCCGGGUAAAAUUGUUAUUGUAAGCGGUAUGAAUCUGUUCAUGAUUUUUUAAAAUUAAUGAAAUAAAUUUGUUGUCUCAGCAA